AAACGCAUGCGCGUUCAGUGUCUUCCAGCGCCAUCUAAGAUUCUGCUAUUCUUUUCUGAAACGCCGCCAUUUUGACAUUUGUUUGGCUUUGUGUUUUUCAAUUUGUAAUUUAUCAUUUAUUUACGUGAUAACUGUGCAUCGUUUACAUAACUUUGUGUGAUGUUUAGUGUACUAUAGUGUCUUAAUCGAGAAUAUAUAAUAAUAAGUGAAAGUGGAUUCGUAUUAGUGGCGCAUCAAUCAAUAGUGUGUUAGCGCCGAUUUUUUUAUUUUUCGUAUGUAGUCUAAGUAUAGUUAUCCUAAUACUGCUGCGUUUAUAUUGAAUAAAAGCUCAAAAUACUGAAUUUUUAGCAUUUUCAUUGAGUAAUUUGUGUGUGACAUUAGCAAUAAUUGUAAAAAAUUGUUGUGAAAAAAAGGCGCGAAGUGUUUUGCCGCGUCUAAGUUUAAUAUCGAAUAACUAUAUUUAAACUCUUGAACCCUUACCUAUACUAAACAUUAUAGGUGUAUAGUGAAUAAGUGGCUGUAAUGAAUAAAUAUAAACCUAUGUACCAGUUAAAUGUCUGGAGUAAAACAUAACUUUCUAAUAGUAUAGACACUAUAUUAAGAGUUUCCUAAACUUGCGAUGCGGUUAAGAAGUAGGAAAAGGGAGCGACCGCUCUCAGCGCGAAAUUCACAAAGGCAAACGACUUUGAAAUCAAAAUUAAGAAGACCGCUCAUCCAAGCGAAAAAUACUUGGAGAAAAAUAUUGAAGGCGGACAAUGGUAUCUCGGUACCAAGUCCUUGCAUCACUAGGUCGCAGAACAAUCUAAAUCUAAAAUCCAGAACUCGAGCGAAAAUUGCCAAAAGUAUGGAAAAACCACUGGAAUUGCCAUUAAAGAAAAACAAGCCGAAAGAAGAGGCUAAGAAGCCUAUUUUCCAGACUGUCGUUCGAAACUCCGCUAAAGAUAUGGUGACAUCAACAACCAAGCCCAAAACACAGAACGAUAAAGUAACAACAACCACAAAGACAAAGUUAAAGGAUGUGCGAACAACCAAAAGUGCUCAGCUCCGACAGAGCUCUUUGAACAGAGAGCUUCGGAAGACAGAGUCCAUAUCGUCAGCUCUCAGCUCGCCUCGCAAAACACGUAGGAUGGAUAAACCAGAGAAAUCUGCCUCAUUAAACAACUCACCCAUUCGUAAAGUCCGUCAACUAGGACUGCCAUCAUUGAAGCUGAACAAUAUAGCUGUCAGUUCAACUAACGAGAGUCCCAAGAAGAGAAUUAAACCCAAAGCUCCAACUGUUCCCGAGCAGAAUAACGAUUUCAACGAUGAUAACGAUGUAACCAUGUAUGAACCGCACACAACUACUUUCGAUGACUUCCCGAUUCCAAAGACCGUUGAAUCGGAUAUCGAUGGGCAAGUCGGAUCAUCAGAGCUCUGUCUACCCAACGACUGUUUCAACGACUUGAUAGCUAUCGCUGAAUGUGCCAGGAUAAUAAGCAACAAUCUAUCAACAGACGAAGAUAUUAACUUACUAGCAGAUAAAGCGGCCAAAGUUAUGACCACCGACAAAGAUGAUAAAGUCAAGAAAUGUACGGACAAGAAGAUUAAACAACGGUCAAGCGGGGAUUUAGAAAUGUACCAGCCGACAUCGACCACGGAUGAUUUGGAUGUAUGCACCGAUUUCCUGAACCACGGAGAUAAAUAUGUUCAGCCGGACCUAGUAUCUCUGUUGGAGCAGGAGUAUGUCCGAGAUGAGUGUGUCAUAUCAUCGACCAUGGCGAUGGAGAGUCUAGAGGCUUUGUCUGCCCGAGGACCCAGCAGCGGGUUCCUGGCCGAGAUAACACACAGCCUGUCAGCCGGAGACGAUACCUGGAGCUCAACGGAUGUUGUUGUAGAAGAAAACGCUUUGAACUGUCAUGACACAACACCUGGGAUUGAGGAGUCCACAUCAGUUAUAUCAUCAUGCAACACCAGGUCCAGCGGUGAACAGAUGACGUCAUGGACGGACGCCUUCGAUCCUUAUCUGUUUAUUAAACAGCUGCCACCGCUGGAAACCGUAUCAGCUGGAGGACUCAGAACCAGGUGUCCAGCGCUACCCCUCAAAACUCGCACCAGUCCAGAUUUUAGUCUUGUGUUGGAUCUAGACGAGACAUUGGUUCACUGUUCUCUCCAGGAGUUACCGGAUGCUAGCUUCCACUUCCCCGUACUAUUCCAGGAUUGCAGAUAUACGGUGUUUGUCCGUACUCGUCCCCACUUUGCCGAGUUCCUCUCUAAAGUGUCACGUCUGUAUGAAGUGAUUCUUUUCACGGCUAGCAAGAGGGUGUACGCUGAUAGACUACUGAACCUCCUGGACCCGGCCAGACGAUGGAUUAAAUAUAGGUUGUUCCGAGAACACUGUCUACUAGUUAAUGGUAACUAUGUGAAGGAUUUGUCGAUACUGGGACGGGAUCUCAGGAGAACUGUCAUCGUGGACAAUAGCCCACAGGCGUUCGGCUACCAGCUGGAGAAUGGUAUACCUAUAGACAGCUGGUUCGUAGACCGCAGUGACAAUGAACUGCUCAAACUGCUGCCGUUCCUGGAACAUCUGGCCACGAAAGACGAUGUCCGGCCAUACAUCAGGGACAAGUACAAGCUGUUCAGCUACUUGCCACCGGAUUAAAUCGUUAUAUCACAGAUUAUAAAUUAAUUAUAUUAAAAUUAAGAAGAUAAUAAAAUAUUCGGUUGUUUAUUUAUUGAGGACGGAAAGUAUUUUUUUUUUUUACUCUAGGUUCGGGAUUUUUUUUUAUCUGUGAUUUUUUAAAACAUCGGUUUUUUUUUUAAAUUAUUAUUUUUGACUGAACUCCUAUGGAAUAUAUAUAUUAAGUUAAGUUAAUUAUUUAAUGAUUUUUAUAUGUGAUUGGAUAUGUAUUGACGAAAAAAUACUCAGCGUUUGUAUAUAAAAUAUAGGUGAUUUGAUGUAGAAAUAUUUAUAUAUAUAUAUAUAAAUAAAUAAAUAAUAUUUUUCCCUUACAUUACGUAUCCUUCUAUUCGUCAGGUGCUAAUAUAGUUUAGAAUAUUUGUUUUUACGAUAAACAAUAAAGCUGUCUAAUAAUUUAUAAAGAUCGGUCUAAAAUAAAUGAUUAUUUACAUACAUAUUAUCUGUUAACGAUUCUUUUUUAUAUUAAUUUUUACUAUUGAUAUUUAUUUAACUAAAUCAUUUGAGACAGAGCAUUAACUCGGUUGCGCUGCCGGCGGCUUAUGACUUUAUUUACUUGUGUGUGAAUAAAAAAAAGAAAUGUGAAUUUAUACGUGAAUUUAAAUUUAAUCUAUUAUUAAAAUUGUAAUUUAAUUAUGUUAAAUCUUCUCGCAUUUUAUUUGGUAUAUAUUUUUUUUCUAUAUCAAUAUAUUGUUUUAUCUGUGAAGUAUCCUUCCCAAUAGCCGUAGUCGGAUGUCUACGUUAGUUAAGUCUCAGUAGCUACUGUAAUAGUUAAUUAUAAACAAUAAUAUAAUCAAAUAAACAUUUAACAUAUCA